UGUCAACACAUGCACGUUAAUCGCAUGGUGAACGGAGUGUGUCAAAACAUUGAGGAAAUAAAUAACAAGAAAUGGGUCGAAAAAUACCAGCAAGGAAGCACCACGGUGUUCGUGAUCCUAUUAAACAAAACCAACAAAGAUUAGCACUCAUAAAAGACAAAAUCAACAAUCCGCCGGAAAAGCAGGACUUUCAGAAAGUGUCUCAUAAACUAGCGAAUUUCAUCAAAUUGAAAGAAGAGGCCAAAUCCGGUAAUUUUAAACUGAAAAGACCAAAGGAUGAGGAAGACAAACCAGAAAACUACACGAAAAAGCCGAAGCAACAGAAACAAGCUGAUCGCCACAGCAAGGAACUGCCGUCAAUUCACCGAUAUCAAAAUGAAAGCGACGAAGAUUAUCUGCGUCGUGUUAACCGGAUAACGCGAGAAUCGAUACAAGAGUCGCAGUUCGAGGCUAAAUACGGCGUCGAAGUGAUUCGAAAUCGGAAAACCGGCGAAAUUAAACUGAAGAAGCGGCCCAAAGACGAACUGGAAGAGCAGAUGAAAAAGGCUCGGAAGGACAGUGCUAUGGGCGACAAGAAGAAAGAUAAGAAAAUCGAAGUGAAGAUCACCCCAGCCGAGCAGAAGAAGCUGGUUAAAGAAAUGAUAGCCCAGCGGAAGGAGAAGGAUAAACAGAACAAGCCACUGCCAGAAUACAACAAAGAUGAAAUUAAAUUCGGCGAGGUGGCACAUUGUCCUCCACAGUUGACGACCCCAAGGAAGGCUACAAAGAGCGAUACAGUACCACGGCCUGGCAAGAAGAAUUUACUGUUGCACUCGGUUAUUUCUGGCGCUGUUGAGAAAGAGCAACCGAAAGCAAACAAAGCUACAAAGCUUCCCAGUUUUGAUCUUAAAGGAAAACGCAAAGAAUUGCCGAUGGCCACCAGACAAAUGAUUGAGAAUCAACAGAAAAAUGUUGUUGAAAUGUACCGACAGUUGAAGAAGAAAAAUAGAACCGAAAUGUCGUGAGAUAAUUCGUGAAGCAAA